AUGACCGCACACCAUUCCAUUUUCGAACUACCAGAUAGUGCAAAACUAGCCUACAAUAUCAUGGGCUCCAACCACUUAGGACAUACCGUACCCAUUGUCCUGAUUUGCGGGAUGACUUCCGUCUGGGUUGAUUACGAGCGACUGGCUCACAGCCUUCUCGUCACACGUCCAGUUCUGCUUUAUGAUCACAGAGGCAUCGGACAGUCAUCACUGACUCCCUCAGGAAAAGAGGAAAUUACCAUAGAUCUUUUGGCUCGAGAUUUGGCUGCCCUUCUCACCCAUUUAAAAUGGACGGAAGUGGCUAUCUGUGGGUAUUCAAUGGGAGGCGUCGUUGCCCAGCAGAUGUUGGUCCUGCCGCAUAGCGUCAAAGAUGCUGUAAUUUUGCCUUUCCGCACCACUCAUCUAUUCUUGGUUGGAACUCGGUCGUCUGUCCAGUUGAAUAUCGGUUUACCGAUAUCUCCAUUGCAAAAUAACGCAUCUCGCACCCUGGAGGAACGAAAAGAAAUAGCCCGUGGAGUAAUCAGUUCUCUCGUAGACCCCAGAUGGAUUGAGGAUAACGGUGAACGAUUUGAAUUCAUCUUCAAACGAGCCGUAAACCCCUCCAUCAAUCGUCCUUCCGACAUGAUUGCCAAGCAGGCACUCGCCUUGCGAAAUUUCGAUUUUGUGGAGUUGCUCUCUAAAUUGUCCGUUGAUAUACAAGUUAUGGUUAUACACGGUCGACUGGACCAGGUAGUCCCUUUCACUUGCGCGGAGGAAAUUAUUAGGCGAAUACCCCAUGCGCGUUUGGUGGAGAUAGGCAAUCUGCCCGGACAGAUUCCUUCCUGCGACUUUGGUCACUUCUGGUAUGAAUAUUUUGAUAUUCAAGUAUGGCGCGACGUGAUAGACGUGUUUAUGGGCGCAUAA